AAUAAGUGAAUGAUUCAGUAUCAUACGUACAUUUGAUAUUAUGAAGAUCCAGUGCGACGUCUGUAACAAACGGCAGGCUUCUUUAUUCUGCACCGCCGAUGAAGCUGCCUUAUGCUCCACCUGCGACCACCGUGUCCACCAUGCUAACAAACUCGCCUCCAAACACCGUCGCUUCUCUCUCGACCACCCUAAUUCUCCCAACCAUUUCCCUCUCUGCGAUAUUUGCCUCGAAAGAAGAGGUUUUGUUUUUUGUCAGGAAGAUAGAGCGAUUGUGUGCAAAGAGUGUGAUUUGAAGGUUCACGGUGUCAACGAACACACCAAGAAGCAUAAUAGGUUUCUUCUAAGUGGGAUCAAGCUGCACUCUCCUGCUCCUCCUCCCACUCUUCAUGAAGAAACUGGUAAUUUUACUAUAUCUGAGUACUUGAUAAACACUAUCCCAGGUUGGAAGUUUGAAGAUUUCCUUGAUUCCCCUUCUUCUUCUGUUCCCUCUCAUGAACUACAACACCAGAAUCAUAUAGUGCAUGAUGAUGCUAAUUAUCAUAUUCAUGAGGAAAAUAUUCUGGUUUCUUUCUCUAGCGAGAGCAUGCGUAGGAUCUGUGUUCCUCAAGCACCACUGUAUUAUUCUGAAAAAAUGGAUAACAGAUCAAACACCGUCAAUUUCAGCAGCAGUUUGGGGGAUUUCACAGUUCCACAGAUAACAAUCCCUCCCAAUUAACAUUGUCACAUCUUAUUAUAUAUAUAUAUCAACAAUGAUAUAGACAUAUCUUUAGAUUUCAUACAUUCA